CCUGUUGCGCCUGGAGGCUCUGAGUGUGCAAGUCAGGAGAGGACCCCCUUUUCCCCCAACCCAGCUCGGCUCUGGUACUCCGGAGCCAAGGACUCAGACACGGAUCUGCAGGACAGGGCGAGGCGCGCCGGCUGGCGGAGGUUCCAGGUGACUGGGAAGAACUCUUCAACAAUAAAUACAUUUGAUAAAGAUGACGGCUUUAAAAGUGCUGCUAGAACAAGAGAAGAUAUUUUUCGCCAUUAUAGUCUUACUAGGCUAUUUGUCAUGUAAAGUGAUUUGUGAAACAGGAGACUGCAGACAACAAGAAUUUAGGGAUCGAAAUGGAAAUUGCGUUCUCUGCAACCAGUGUGGGCCAGGCAUGGAGCUGUCUAAGGAAUGUGGCUUUGGCUAUGGGGAGGAUGCACAGUGCGUGACGUGCAGGCCGCACAGGUUCAAGGAGGAUUGGGGCUUCCAGAAGUGCAAGCCCUGCCUGGACUGUGCGCUGGUGAACCGCUUUCAGAAGGCCAACUGUUCAGUCACCAGUGAUGCCAUCUGUGGGGACUGCUUACCAGGAUUUUAUAGGAAGACAAAACUUGUUGGUUUUCAAGACAUGGAGUGUGUGCCUUGUGGAGACCCUCCCCCUCCUUACGAACCACACUGCACCAGCAAGGUCAACCUCGUGAAGAUCGCGUCCAGGGCCUCCAGUCCACGGGAUGCGGCCCUGGCUGCCGUCGUCUGCAGUGCCUUGGCCACUGUCCUGCUGGCCCUGCUCAUCCUGUGCGCCAUCUACUGUAAGAGACAGUUCAUGGAGAAAAAGCCCAGCUGGUCUCUGAGGUCACAGGACAUUCAGUACAGCGGUUCUGAACUGUCAUGUUUUGACAGACCUCGGCUCAACGACUGUGCCCACAGAGCAUGUUGCCAAUGCCACCGAGAGUCAGCCCAGACCUGCGGUCCUGUUCACUUGAUCCCAUCCCUGUGUCAUGACGAGGCUUGUAGCACCGACCGGGGGCCUCUUGGUUGUGGGGUGCAUUCUACGACCAGUCUUCAGGAGAGAAACACAGGUCCAGUGGGGGAGACGAUGCCGACUUUCUUCGGGUCCCUCUCGCGGUCCAUCUGUGGCGAGUUUUCAGAUGCCUGGCCUCUGAUGCAAAAUCCCAUUGGUGGUGACGACAUCUCUUUUUAUGACUCUUAUCCUGAACUCACUGGAGAAGAUUUUCAUUCUCUCAAUCCAGAAAAUGAAAGCUCAACCUCUUUGGAUUCUAGCGAUCAUCAGGAUUUGAUUAUGGAGGCUGUUCCUAUUCAGAAUCAUUCUGAAAACAUUACGGAAGCCACUGAUUUAUCUAGCUGUAAGCACACACUGACAGACGCAGCUCUAACCCGGGAUGCAUUGACUGCGAGAUGCCAGCAAGGUCAGGAGGAUGGCGAAACCAUCGACCUAACCUCUCCAGUGUCCCUCCAGGAGGCUUAAAAUACUUGAAUCUUUCUGCAAUAGAAGUAUGUGGAUGGAACCCAAAGGGCACUCCUCUGUAAAGCUUAUAGACUGAACGCAGUCUGGACCUUGCAUGGCUUCUGGGGGCAAAAUAAAUUUGAACCAAACUGAUGGCAUUUUAAGCCUUUGAACCAGUUGCUUCUGAGCCAGACCAGCUGUAAACUGAAACCUCAGUGAGUAACAAGCAAAGACAUGCUGAACAAGAAGAUUCACGGCUACAAGAGUGACUUCAAAGACUGAUGAGUUGAAUUUGCAGCUCUGAGAUUGCAGAAUUGUAACAAGAAACAAAUGCAUCUGCGCUCCUUUUCAUGGCGAAUGUGCUUUUACAAGGCUGAAAACCCAGAGUAUAAAUUUUCAUUUAUAUUUUCUUUCCAAAAUAAUUUCAUAUAACUUAGCGUACUAAAAGUCAAUGUCAGAUUAAUUACCUAAGUUUUUAUGUAGGAUGGAUUCAAAAGUGAGUGUUUCUGUCUAAGAAGGUCACUUUUUCAUCACCUAAACUGAGAGCCGAGGUUAGAAUCGUGGCCCAUCACCCUGAGAUAAAAACCACUUAACCCAAAUCGUCUAGAGACUUGAAGGCAAAGGUUAUCAUAUUUAUGUGCAAAUAAGCUGCUAUGGAAGCGUCUGCUACAUUUGUUGUGUGCCUGAGCUUACAAGAUCCAGAAUUUCUUUUAUGAAAAAAAGUGUUUCUAAACAAAAUGAUCUCGUAUUUGCAUUGUAUCUUAUACUAGAGGCUGUAGAAAUUACAGUAUAUGGGCUUCCCCUACUACUGAAGAAGUCUUCAGUGAGAAUAUACUACAUGUUAGCACCAGAAGAAAAAGCUCAAUUUGUAGUGAUGUUUAAGUGCACAGUCUGUCACUGCCAGUGUUGUUUGACCAGACAUUGCAGUGUUCUCUCUAAUCUUAUUUAGUGCAUGUUCUCCUAUGUUAGCCAGGUGAUGCUGAAUUUAAGAGAAUGGUGCUUUACUAAGGCACUCCAUCCCCCACUACGUUGGUAUUUAUACACUAGAAUUGUCCUUUGAACUGCGAUAUUAACCCAGUUCAGUCAUGAAGUAGGAAUCAAUCAGUUGGCAUAAUGGCUAUGUCACUGGACUCCCAUGUAGUUGACCGUAGUUUGAGUCCCAG